AUGCCUCCAAUCAGGAAUAAACGAAAUCUUGUGAUCUUGAAUCAUUUUAAACCAAAUAAAAAUGAAACAAAAUACACAUAUAAAUUAUGUCCUGUUUUUAAAACAACUAAUAAUCUUAGAAGAUAUUACGAAACAAUUCAUAAAAAAGAAUACAAACGAAUCAAUUAUUCAAAGAAUCGAAAAAAAAAUGAAACCGAAAUUAAAACCAAAUGUUUCUUCGAUUUAUUUGAUCUCAUUUAUGAAUUUUUUGAAAAAAUCAAAGAAGCAAUAAAUAAAAUUGAAGAAAACUUCAACAACACUAGAACAAAAAUGGAUUGGGAAUAUUAA